AUAUCAGGCCUCCAGGGACUCGUCGAGCUGUUUCCCUUUGAUAAGAGGCCCUCGUUCGCGGAUGCUCACGAUGUCCCGCUGUAUUUUCCCUUCAGGGCAUUUGCCAACCGCAGUGACUUCACGAUUGCCGACAUUAUCGUUUCCCUUCCAGGGAAAGUCCUCGAUGGUGGGGUGUCGUGGCGCGACAUCGCAAUGGUCAUCGAGACAAAAUGCAGCGAUGCGGAGGACCCAUUCUCCAAACUCAGUCCCAAACCCGAGCCCGAUGUGAACAAAUCACAGCCCGGCGUCCAAAAACAGAAGCCUGUCACGAAAAGGAGUGCUCAGCAACUCGCAAAAAACGCACGAAACAUCCUCCUCGCACACGGAGCACUCGCUGCUUUUGUCAUCGGCAUUUAUGGUCACACCGUCCGCCUGGCUCGGUUUGAUCGGACCUGCGCACUGGUCUCUGUACCCUUCCGGCUCGACUCGGACAAGGGUGCAACACGUCUUCAAGAGUUCUUCUGGCGCUUCACCCAUCCUCUUGUCGGCAACACCAUUGCCGGCUGUGACCCCACGGUCAUGGCACUGGACGAUUUCAGCAAAGAGUGGAUCAAGCAGGAGUUGAGGAAGGCGAGAGUGUUGCACUGGCAGAAGCACACUACCCACAUAUCGGAGGGCCGACGCAUCGAGGUCUACGACGAGCGUUCAAGAGUUUGCAUGCCUUACCUGCUCUACAACAUGGUGAGCGUCAGCAAAGGGCUCUUCUCGCGAGCAACGACAGUCUGGCGGGCAAUUGAAGACACUCGCAUCUGGAAGAACGGACAAUUAGUUCCAGACCCUUCCCGUACCGCGCCUGUCAAGCCUCAGAUUGUGAAGGAAGCUUGGCGCAGCCUGGGCACAAGAUCCGAGAUCGAGUUCUACCAACGACUGAACGAUACCAUAUCAUGCAAAGACCGGUACGGCCUCGCCUCU